CUCGCACCAUUCAAUUUCCCACGCCCAACAGUCACAAGGUCACACUCACACCUCGUAAUUCCCCAAACAACCUACUUACAUAUAACCGGAGUUUGAUGGUGGUCGAUGUCGACAACGGUAGCGUUACAGAACAUAGAUUUAUCAUUAGCUCAACAGGCCACACCCGGGCAUGCGAUAGGCGUAUUUAAUGCUCCCGGUGAGCUUAUACGGCGGACAUUGUCAGAAGGAUGGUCCAAUGUAGAGCGGUGGCUUGGUGGACGGCUGCCGAUUUACCGGCACUGGAGAUGGAGUCGUUACACUACACACAUACCCACUUCUGGGGCACUCUCGGGAAACACGUCUGCUAGCGGCUUGGGCCAGAAAACUGAUAGUAUGGAAGAGGUCUUUCGUUCCACGAGCGUGUUUGCGAGUUGGUAUGCUGUGGUCAUGGUCAUCAUGUUACUUCUACUCAAUCGGAUUCAGCAUAUUGUCAUUCCUCCACGCAUCACCUUCGACGCUCGUGCCUCUCGGCACCGACCCUCCCACUCCCAGAGCCCCUCCCAACGUGAUGCAUCUUUGCUGCGACGUGUCAUCCAUAAAGUGGUCAUACUCAUAAUAUCAACACCCUCCCUGUUGUAUGCUUUUCGCUCCCUUUCUUUACUCUUUAUCACCCUUCUUCAGGUGACUGGCUUGUAUACUUCUAUCGUCCACUGGGGAUCAAAAUUAGCCUUCAGACUUGGCAGCUGGAACAUCAAUGGGGGUGAAGUGGCGAAUCAGGUAGCCCAAUGGGCUUUGGGAAAGGAUAUGGGCAGCAUUUGCUGGAGUGCAUUCAUGAGCGCAUGCGGGAUUAUGGUGGUUGGUGCUAUUAUCGCUGGACUUGAAGGAAGAACGCGAAGUCCGCCCCAUUUUAAUCUCGUAGGUGUCCCAAAAACCAGACACUUUCAUAAUGUUGUUCCUACUAACUCCCUCGUCAAGUUCGGAUACGCAUGUACAUUGCACGCAUUCUCUGCUCCUGGAUUAUAUCGUAAUGAGACCGACGAGCCAGGAUUAGUUAUGCGUCCAAAUCGAGAUGUCCUUCUUAUACUCAUUCUUCCGCUGCUACAGAUAACCGUUCUGCAUGUAAUGAACGUCAAGAGAGAAUGGGGUGACUACAGACUUAUACCGUCGAGCGUCUGUGGCAUUGCGGGCAUAAUCCAUUUCAUCUACACACUGAUAACGAAUCCUACUUCACAUCCGUAUCCCUCCUUCGCAACAACGCUUGUCGAAACUUUUCUCCUCUCUAUCAUUUUCAUCACACACACUCUCGAUAUCCUAACCCGCCUGCUUCUGUCUCCUCCGUCCCCCAGCAUGUCAUGGCUCGCACCAUCUUCAUGGAGUACGGCAGUGCCGGGUAUGUCCCUCCUUUCGCACUCUGAUCAGUUCAGCGAGGCGCUAGCAAAGGUCGGAAUGGCAUGUUUGGAUGCGACAAAUUUCGUGGGGCUCGCCAAUGAAGUAGUGGGUGUUAGGCGUACUUCAUUGUUGGAGAAUGAUGAUGCAAAGGAGAAGGAUGUACUGAGGUUGGGCCCUAGAACGAUCGGCCGGAACGGGUAUACUUUAUUGCAGAGGGGUCGUUCACGGAGAGGAUUUGGGAACGAAAUACAACGUGUACUUCCUUUGCUUGGCACCUCAUCUGGACCUACAGUUUUCUCCGGUCCCGCGCCGUUAAAUCCUUCCUCCUCUGACUCUCAAAUCUCACCAUCAUUUAUGCCUCCAAGUCCAUCUAUAGGAGGUUACUGGUUUGGAUCCGCCCACCAUCCUGAGGUUCGUGGAUUAUUAAGAAGUUUGAAGAUGUGGUGGAUUGGGUUUGUGAUAUGGCAGGUAAGGUUUGUGAGGAAUCUAUUGGGCAGUCGGGGAAGGGAUGAGGCGCGGGCAAUGAACGAGGACGAGAGGAGGGAGCUGAGGGCUGCAACGACAAGUGUUCUGUGGGGUAUUUUAGGGAGAAUGUCGCCGCCACGUUCGAGCGACAGGCAUGCUGAGGACAGCAGAUUACCUGUGGAUGUAGCAAGGGGAAUUGAUAACGAAGAGGAUGAUGAUGAUGAGUACGUUCCUGACUUGGGACACGACACGAGUGAGAGCGGAUGGACAACGGACGAUAGUGACGAGGGCGACGAUACCCGACGAUCUGUCACAUCCACUAAUUCAUCUGUUGAUCGUUCACCUCAUGUUGCAAACGCUCCCCGCUUCGCAAUUCCCAGCCGGGAGACAACCCCAUUUGAUAACGAGCUUCCGGACGCAUCUGAAUUAGGUGCCCUCAUAUCGGACCUCUCUCUGUCUGAGGCUUCAGCGCUUCUAGCACGCCUCUCCUCGCCUGGACACCGACACGAUGUUCCAACUUCGCCUCCACGAGCCUUGACACGCAGUGGAUAUUCCCUCCUUUCUUCCACACUCGCCCUUCGGCAAGCUCGCCGUCCUCCAUCAGAACAGGAGAACGAUCCCUUACGAUUCAAUUGUGUGAUAUGUACGGUGGAGCCCAGAGUAGUUAUUUUUUGGCCGUGCAGGUGUCUGGCACUUUGCGAUGAAUGUCGGAGUGGUUUGGCAGCAAGGAGUAGUAGUGGAAAGCAUACUUGCCCUUGUUGUCGGCAGACUGUGGAGGGCUAUUCGCGCAUUUUUAUCCCUUAGAUUAGUUCUCAAUGUAUUAUAAUGCCUAAUCCUUCAUGAAAAAAGAUGGAUUCACAGCUGAG